GCCAUGCGUGACAGCUCAAGGCAAGGAUGCCUCCAUCGAUGUCACCUGUGUGACUAUGAGGCUGAUGAACUAUUUCUUCUGGAAGCACAUGCCAGCAUCCAUACUGCCGAGAAGCCGUUUGAUUGCCCUUCAUGUCCUCGGAGCUUCUCGGACAAAUCCAACUUAAUAGUUCACCUGCGCACCCACACAGGCGAGAAGCCAUUUGAGUGCCCUUCAUGCUCUCGGAACUUCUCACAACAGACCCACCUGAAAGCCCACGUGUGCACCCACACAGGCAAGAAGCCAUAUCAGUGCCCUUCAUGCUCUCGGAGCUUCUCACACAAGUGUUAUCUGAAUGUCCACCUGCGCACCCACACUGGUGAAAAGCCAUAUCACUGCCCUUCAUGUUCUCGGAGCUUCUCACGCAAGGGUCACCUGAAAGCCCAUGCGAUCACCACCCACACCGGCGAGAAGCCAUAUCAGUGCCCUUCAUGCUCUCGGGGCUUUUUAUACAGAUACCACUUAAACGAUCACCUGCGCAACCACACAGGCGAGAAGCCAUAUCAGUGCCCUUCGUGCUCUCAGAGCUUCUCACGAAAGGGCAACCUCAAUUACCACCUGCGCAUCCACACAGGUGAGAAGCCAUUUAAGUGCCCUUCAUGCUCUCAGAGCUUCUCACUCAAGGCCCACCUGAAAGCCCACCUGCGCACCCACACAGGCGAGAAGCCAUAUGAAUGCCCUUCAUGCUCUCAGUGCUUCUCACGCAAGUGUCACAUGAAAGUCCAUCUGCGCACCCACACAGGUGAGAAGCCAUAUCAGUGCCCUUCAUGCUCUCGGAGCUUCUCGCAAAAGACCUGCCUGAAAGAGCACCUGCACAGCCACACAGGCGAGAAGCCAUAUCAGUGCCCUUCAUGCUCUCAGAGCUUCUCACAAAGGAGCAACCUUAGGAGACACCUGAGGCGAGAAGCCAUUUCUGUGCCCUCUAUGCCUUCAGAGAUUUUUGUUGAAGAAUGCCCUAAAGAUACACCACCACGUUCAUACAAGUGACCUCCCAUAUAUUUGCACCGUCUGUUCCAGGUCCUCAUCAAUUGAACUGACUUAUGAGAGCACUGCACCAUGAUACUGUAGGUUAAGUCAACAAUCAUGUUGAAGAAGAGUCUGAAUCAAAAUUUACAAACAUGUAGCAUGUUGCAUAGUGUUCUACUGCAUCAGGUAGCACAAGUGUCUCCACAUGCUCCUAAGAGGAAGCUUUAGCUCGGGCCCAACUCCGAUGCCGCCUAUUCAAACGCAUGUAAAACACAGUAAUGCUUUUCUGAUAGCUAGUGGGCUGCUUCUAAUGAAAUUUGUUACAUCUGAGAAAAAAAAUUGAACUCUGGUGACUGCUGGAAGCAGAUUUUUGGUUGAAGGCCUGGAUGUUAAUACAGGAAUUUACAAAGAUUGUUCAGCUUGAAAAAAAAAUUGAAGCAAGAUGUUUAUAAAUGUUUAGCUCUGCACCUGGAAUAGAUAUCGUAGUUCUGUAAGCUGGAUAUGAUAGAUCAUCCAAAGUGGACAAAUUUUAUGUAUAAAUUUAGAUCUUUCGAGAAAGAGAAAGGGAGAAAUCGCGUGACUGGGCGCUGUUCUCUUUCGCGGCCGUCGAUGGGGCAGCGUUUAUUAAGGCGAAAGCUUUGGCUCAUGCUCGUGGUAGCAUCUGUCCGUGCGUUGGAACAACUUUUUUUCUCUAGGUGGCUUUCCUCCUCUCCUCAGCAACCGGCGUGCUGGUGGGGGGCCGCCGCUGUGCAUAGCAACCGUGACGUCACACAGUAGCAGUAGAAAGAGCGCGUGCGCGUCGGCCAUGUGUCGGCGGUGGCAGCUGCACCGCCGCUCCUUCGCCAGACAUCUUGUUGCAGUCGAGUGAGUGAGACGCAUGGCUCCGAAGCGGCCCAGUGAUUCCGUGCCAUGCGGUUCGGGGAAACGGCAGCGGACGCCGGGUUUCCCCAACACCAAACAGCAGAAGAACAAGGAGCAAAUGCGCAUGCCAUGACUGAACUUGUCACCAGAUGCGAAAGCAAGGGAGGCAGAACGGAAACCCCAACAGCGACUGAUUAGAUUGCCAGGUACCAAAGGCAGGGAAGCGGAACAAAAGCGGCAGCAGCGACAGGCGAUAUCGUCGAACACCAAAACGAAUGAAUUGGAGCGUAGACGGCAGCAGCGACUGGCUAUGUCAGCGAACAGCAAAGCCAGGGAAGCGGAGCGCAGAUGGCAGCAGCAUUUGGCUUUUGCCAAGCACACUUUAGAAUUUCCAGUGUCUUCGGUAAUUUUCGUAUCAACCGACGUGGGUCGAAAAUUUAUUCGUGACAACCGUUCUCUAGCACGUUGCAAAGUAAUGGGGCUCAGCCAGGACCUAAGAAAAAUUCGUAUCAUCCGGAAAUUCAUAUUAGCCGUGAUCGCAUCAUCGAGAUUCCACUGUAAGGCACCAGUUUUCCAAGCAUUAUGUCUCCUCCAUCUUUGAUUAAAUCGGCUGUUGCUAUAUCCUUUCCUGCUGCUCUUCCUCGUUUGAUGUCUUGCGAGGCUCUUGUAACCUCAUCGCUAGUUAUAGGAGGAGUUUCUGAAUCCUGUUCAUUACUGUUUCAGUGGAGGUAUCCUGAUUUCUCUUGGUACUGUACAGGUCCGUAUAGAAUUCUUCCGCUGCUUUUACUACACCUUUGAGAUUCCUGAUGAUGUUACCCUGCUUAUCUUUUAGUCCAUACAUCUUGGUUUGUUCUAUACCAAGUUUCUCUCUCACUGAUUUCAGGCUGUGUCCAUUCAUUAUGGCUUCUUCAGUCUCUCACGUUAUAGUUUCGAAUAUCACUUACUAUCACCUUUUUGAUCAGUUUUAACAGUUCCGCGAAUUCUAUCUUAUCUCUUGAGUUGGACACUUUCAAUGUUUGUCGUUUCUUUAUUAGGUCCUUUGUUACUUUGGAGAGCUUGCCUACUGGUUGCCUUGGUGCCUCUGUAGCCUGCCUAGUUACAGUUUCAUUCAUUACCUCUAUGUCAUGUUCAUCUCUCUGUUCUAAGGCUGAAUAUUUGUUUGCAAGUACCAGCCUGAAUUCGUCUGCUUUUACCCUUACUGCCUCUAGGUUGACCUGUUUCUUCUUGACCAAUUUUACUCUUUCUCUCUUCAAAUUAGUUGAAUCCUAGCCCUCAGUAGCCUAUGAUCACUGCACUUUACCCUGCCUAUCACUUCUACAUCCGGCGCUAUGCUGGGAUCGGCAGAAAGUAUGAAAUUAAUUUCAUUUCUUCUAUCACCAUUAGGGCUUCUCGAGGUCCACCUUCUGUUAUUACGGUUCCUGAAAAAGGUGUUCAUUAUUUGUAGCCUAUUUCUGUAAAUUCUUCCGGCAUCUCUCCUCUACGGUUCCUAGAAUUGACGCCAUAGUUACAGUGUUUUGUUCACCAGCCUGCCUUUUCCCCACUUUUGCAUUGAAGUCACCCAUUACUACAGUAUACUGAAUUCGCACUUUUCUCAUUGCUGAUUCAACAUCUUCAUAAAACUGAUCCACUUCCUCAUCAUCGUGACUGGAUGUUGAAGCAUAGGCGUGCACUAUCUUUAAUCUAUACUUCUUAUAAAGUUUGAUUACAUCUCUACCCUCUCAUUAAUGCUGUAAAACUCGUCAAUAUUGCCCGCUAUGUCCUUAUGGAUUACGAAUGCCACCCCGUAUUGCUUCUUUUCUGGGAGACCUCUAUAGUAGAGGUCAUGGCUGUUAUUCAUCAAUGCAUAACCCUCACCAGUUUUUCUAAUCUCACUAAACCCAAUGAUAUCCCAAACAAUGUCUGAUAGUUGCUCAAAGAGUCCUGCUAAGCUAGCCUCACUUGACAGAGGUCGGCUGUUAAACGUUGACAGGGUGCCACUUAUUAGUGGCAUAUUUGAAAGCCUUGUUUAAUACAUCAAUUUUGUCUGCUUUGGAUGUCCUAUUCGAUGCAUUUUACAGAAUUGUGAUAUCAUUUUCAUUGCUGAGUUAGAGUUGUAAACUUAAUGGUUUUGUUUUCUGAAAGUUUGUGAUCUUCAACAAUUUUUAUUAUGAGAUUGAUUUCCUAAAUCAAAAAUUCACUACCAACAGUCACUAGAUUGUAUUUCUUUUAACUGCAACAAACCUCAUCAAGUUUGGUGCUGUAGUUGUCAAUAAAAACGAUUUCUCCUUUCCCAUGUAUUUAGAUGGGAGCCCCUGAGCUGGCGCUUCCUCUUAAAGGAUGCCUGAAACACUUUUUUGGAGUUGCCAUAUUUUAUCUAUAUCCUUUCUCAACACAUUAUAGAACACAGAGCAAAAUGAGUUAUGAGAACUGAUCCACACAAAGGCUUUUAUAGCUGAGAAAAAAUUUCAGAAUACAGUUAAACCUUGAUGUAAUGAAGUCGGUAAACUGAGCAAUUUGCUUCGUCAUAUUGUGUCAUUGCAUUAUUCAAAAAGUAAUCGAUGUUUGUUCCUAUCUCAAAAAUUACUGUUUGCAUGCCCCAACAAACUAUGUAUGUUCAUUGUAAUAAUUAUUAUUACAUUACAGAUGUCUGAAUUAUCUUUUUAAGCACUGUUUUUUUUCCCAGUAUUCUCAUUGGUACCUAUGAAAUUGUUCUGUUUGACCAAUUCAUGUAUUUGUUGGCUCUAAGUUCUGGUUUACGUGAUUCAUCCUGGAUGAUCUUGAGCUUAUUCUCAUAUAAUUUUUUUUUUCUUUUUUUACGAAUAGGUACUUUUUUAGAGGAAUUGAUUGUUCACUAAGUUAGCUUUCGACUGUCUGUUUCAUCAGAGCAUCAAAUAAAUGCCAGUGUUUGUGAGUA